AUGACAGGAAGUAGCUUGAAUGAAAUUGAAGAACUCAUUGAAAAUUUAAACAAGAUAUUUCCUCUGAAAGAUUUAGAGGAGCUAAAUUUUUUUCUUGGUCUUGAAGUGAAAUAUUUAGAUGAUGGUUAUAUUUUGUUAUCUCAAGAAAAAUAUGCUGCAAAAUUAUUAGAGAAAGCUGGGAUGUCUAUCUCUAAUGCCAUGCCUACACCAAUGAUUUCAUCAGUGAAGCUACACAAGCAUGACUCAGAACCUUGUGAAAAUCCUGGAUUGUACAGAUCAAUCGUUGGGGUCCUACAGUAUCUAACAACUACUAGACUAGACUUGUCAUAUGCCGUAAAUAAAGCUUCUCAAUUCAUGCAUAAUCUUACAGCUGAGCAAUGGAAAGUUGUGAAGAGAAUUUUGAGAUACAUUAAAGGUACAAGGGGACAAGGUUUGAUAUUUUCAAAAAGUUCUGACUAUAUGAUUCUCGCAUUUGCAGAUGCAGAUUGGGGAGCUGAUCUUGAUGAUUGUAGGAGCGUUACGGGAUAUUACAUCUAUCUUGGAGAAAACUUAAUAGCAUGGAAGCCACAGAAACAGAGCAAGGUCAGCAAAAGUAGUACCGAAGCUGAGUAUAGAGUAAUUGCGUCAGCCCAGGCAGCGGCGGUGGUGGCAGUGCAGCAGUUACUCUAA